AUGUCCUUCUCGCCCCAGAAGGAGCCUGAAACUGCAGCUGUGGCUGUCAAUCUUACUCCGUAUGGGUAUUAUCAGUCAGUCAUUCGACCAGUAUCUUCUCGCAUGAAUCCUGACAAAACUAGGCAACAUGGCUGGACUACCAUCAAUGACCCAAGCAACAUCAAUUCCUCUCUCAACACGCCACCACCAGCUUCUCCUCAUGAUGUCGCUGAACCACAAUCGCAGCAAGCGAGCAAAUUCCGCUCACAUAUUCUAGCUUCGACAGAGCGUUUGAAAUGGCCACCUGGUUAUCGAAAGCGAAAGAAAUCGCCAUCUCAAUCACCAAAACGUCCCCGCAAAAAGACUCGUGUUUCUACCACAAAGUCUGAGAUCUCCGGCAGAGUCGUGAAGUUUCCAGAUCUGGGAAAGACUUUCUCAAAGCCCGAUUCAAUGCCUUUGGCACACUCCGAGCACAAGAUGGUCUCACCAGAUCAAAUUCUGUUACCUCGAAGUUCGAGCGCACAAAACGCUAUCAGCAAGAAACGUUCGCUUACUACGACAGCUCCUCAUGAAGUAUCAAAAUCUCCAAGUGUAACGGCAAACGGGACAGAUAUGCGGCAGACAAAUGAGCAUUUCGAUCACCACACCACAACAUUGAAGGAGAUGGAUGAGAACUCGAACGAUUUGUUUAUGUAUAGUUCUGAUGACUUGGAGGAAUUUUUGGAAGCCGAACAGCUCUUGACAGGAACAACUGCCCAAACCCUGACGGUAACUCCUCGAUCAGAUAACCCAUCAAGCCCCCUGAAAUCAAAUUUAGAUCUACAAUCGGAAGGACAAGCGAACGGCUUACCCAUGACCCCGUUCAUGCGAACGAACUUUCAGCCUCAACCACCAGCUACGAGAAUGGCCAAGGCCUCUACCAUUACCGGUCUUUCUACCUUGAGGCGAACUCUGACUUGUUUUCGAAUCGCAGAAGCCAUCAGACUGCUGAAAUGUGCCGACCCGUCUCAGACAUUAACAUUUGAACUAUUCGGCGUCUCUCGCCCUCCCAUGCAUGAUAAAACAAGCGAGACGACGAAUCCAGCCAUCGAAGUCGCAGAUUUGUUCUUUCCACACCUCCCUCCAAGCCUCAGACUCGAUGUCGAUCCGACACAGGUGCAACGCCUUUACAAAGGACCUCCUACAAGCACUUCACGACCUACAGAUAAUGCCCUCCCCUAUAAAAGCAGAGAAAGUUCAACAAACAUGGUUCGGACAAAUAUAAGAGCCUGGCCGAAGACUCUCAACGCAGAUACUGCUUUGCCUGAAUACAUUGGAACGACCCUCAGGGACAAAUUCGAAAUUAGAGUCAUUUGCGCUCAAGCUACAACAUGGGAAGAAGUUCGUGAAACACGUUCUGUCGUGGAGGCAACUCAGGCCAUGACCCCAACCUAG